ACGUUGCAGCCGGAUUCGGAGUGCGGAAUGACGUGCUCCGGCGACGUCGUGCAGGCGUGCGGCGGGCCGAAUCGGUUGACGACGUUUAAAUCGGACGCGAUCCCGCCGCCGGAUCCAGUGCAUAACCCGGGCGUUGGUACGUGGAGUAGGCUCGGUUGCUAUGCCGAGGGAAUCACCGGCCGGGUCUUGACGACGGGGAUGGGUACGCCUGGGGGUGGAAGUGCGCUGACAGUAGCGCUGUGCACGAGUGCUUGCGCGGCCGGGAACUUCAAGUAUGCAGGUGCCGAAUACGGCGGGGAAUGCUUCUGCGGAAACACGAUCGCUAAUGGAGGUGGACCUGCUCCGGAUGGUGAUACCUAUUGCAAUAUGCUGUGCAAUGGUAACAACGGGGAAUAUUGCGGUGGGCCGAACCGGCUUGACCUCUAUGAGGACACCACCAUCCCCACAUCAACCAUCUCCUCCUCCUCAUCCACCGUGCCCACCCCAACAAGCACCGUUCUCCCCACCGGCUGGACCUACAAAGGUUGCUACGUCGACGGCCUCGCCGGCCGCAUUCUCGCCCACCAACGCCCCGACACCCCCACCCUCACCAUCCCCUCCUGCAUCGGCGCCUGCGUCUCCGCCGGCUACACCGCCGCAGGCCUCGAAUACGGCGUGCAAUGUUUCUGCGGCAACGACCUCCGCAACGGCGGCGUGCUGGCCCCCUCGGAGACCGAGUGCGCGAUGCCGUGCGCGGGCAAUGCGGCGGAGAUAUGCGGCGGAUCAAAUCGGAUGAGCAUCUAUGCGAACGGGGAGCUGGUGGUAUACCAGCCGCCGGCGCCACAGACGACGGGGUUGCCCGGGAACUGGGAGUAUGAGGGGUGUUUGUUCGACGUGCAGGACAAUCGGUCGCUGAUGUAUCUGAUCACGUUGACAGAGAAUACGGCGGAGACGUGCUUGUCGCUGUGUUCGGAGUAUGGGUACGGGGCGGCUGGGAUGGAGUAUGGGAAUGAGUGCUGGUGCGGGGAUAUGAAGACGGUCGAAGAGGCGGGCGCGCAGAUGAUGCCCGAGGCGGACUGUAACAUGCCGUGCGCGGGCGAUCCGCAGCUGAUCUGCGGGGCAGGCGGGCGCAUCACGUUCUACACGUGGGGCGGCGCGCCGUUGAACGGGUGGGAUUUCCCGACCGGAGCGGCGGCGGGCGAGUAUCGGUUCCUGAUCGGCGGGGUGGUGGUGCCGUUGAUCACGACACCGGGGAUCAACGGGAAAGUGACGUUCCUGGAGAAGUACGGCACGGGGGCGCCGAACACGACGGGGGCGUAUGAGUUCGACCCGUUCUUCGAUGACGACUUCGAGAACGCGUGGAGGGAGAUGCAUGUCUCGUCGGAUGUGUUCUGCGCCGCAGGGUUGACGUUGCCGGACCGAGCGGGUCGGCAGUUGAAUAUUGGGGGUUGGGCGAAUCUGGAUACGUAUGGCGUGCGGCUCUACUGGCCGGAUGGACAACCUGGGACGCCCGGGGUGAACGACUGGCAUGAGAACAAAAACACGCUUCUGCUCCAAGCCGGGCGGUGGUACCCAACGGCCAUGAUGAUGACGAACGGCUCGAUUCUUGUCGUGGGUGGCCAGGUGGGCGCGAACGGAGCGCCAGUCCCCAACCUCGAGAUCCUGCCGAAGCCGGUCGGCGGAUACGUGAAGCACUGCGAUUGGUUGGAGCGGACGGAUCCGUACAAUCUCUAUCCCUAUCUCGCCGUCCUGCCGACGGGGGACAUCUUCGUCGCGUAUUACAACGAAGCGCGCAUCUUGGAUGAGUCGACGCUGGACACGGCUAGGACACUGCCGAACAUCCCCGCGUCUGUGGAUGAUCCGAACGGCGGUCGUACGUACCCGUUCGAGGGCACCGCGGUGCUGAUGCCGCAGUCUCCGCCGUACACUCAGCCGCUGGAGAUCAUGAUCUGCGGCGGCUCGAAUCCCGGCCCGGAGAUCGGAAUCGACAACUGUGUCUCGAUACAGCCCGAAGUGGAGGAAGCAGAAUGGGUCAUCGAGCGCAUGCCAUCCAAGCGCGUGGUGACCUGCAUGACCGCCCUCCCCGACGGUACCUACCUCAUCCUCAACGGCGGCCAACAAGGCGUCGCCGGCUUCGCCACCCUCAACCAACCCAACCGCAACGCCGUCCUGUACGACCCCACGAAGCCGCGCCACUUCCGCAUGUCCGUCAUGGCCAACACCACCAUCAACCGCCUCUACCACAGCGAAGCCGUCCUCCUGGACGACGGCCGCGUCCUCGUCUCCGGCUCCGAUCCCCAGGACCCGCGCUUCGAGAACCUCGGCGAGGAGUAUCGCGUCGAGGCGUUCCUGCCGCCGUAUCUGCUUAACGGCAGCCCACGCCCGAGCUUCGUCAUCACUGACCGCGACUGGGCAUACGGCGAUGCGGUGACGUUCACCGUGAGCUUGCCGGGAAGCACGGCGAAUAUGAAGGUCUCCCUGUUGGCGGCGGUGUCGUCGACGCACGGCAAUAGCAUGGGUCAGAGAACCAUCUUCCCGGCGUUUACGUGCACUUCCGCGACGAGCUGCAUGGUCACGGCGCCGCCAAAUGUGCAUGUGGCGCCGCCGGCGUGGUGGCAAAUGUUUGUUUUGUAUAAUGGGACGCCCAGCCAUGCGGCUUGGGUGCGUAUCGGGGGGGAUCCUGCGGGCUUGGGCGACUGGCCUGCCACAGGAGGAUUCAGUUUGCCUGGCGUUGGGCCAGUCUGACGGUGGUGUAUAAUCUUGAUUUGCUUUUGGUCUUGAGGUGUAUAUGUUCAGUCGUCAAACAUGGAGGUCGCCAGGUCGAUGCCAGGGAUUUGAGCAUACCCGGGAGGAGGUUUACAGUAAUUUGAUAAUGUAUCUACGCUCCUUUGAGGCCUUGGUUCGGAUAGGAAGCCAUUGAUGACUAAUAACCAGA